UCCGCAUGCCGGACGUGGGACAUCGCGUUUCCUAGUACCGAAUAACACAUAUUCCGUAUGCCGACAUAGAACUUCUAUCAAUAAAACAGUGCUUUUUCUAACCAGAUGUCCCACUUUGCAAAAUAAUCGUAUGCAAAAAACUUUCUAAAUCAAAUUUGAUAUUGACUUAUUCUUAUACACGUGCACCAGAUCGAAGCUCCACAAGUACACAAUUCGCAACGUGGUAGACGACAGCUCUGUUAAUUUUUAUUUUUACGUUCUGCAAGACAUCAAAAAAGUGAUCUUUUAUAAUAAUGAUUAGGUCACUUUUUAAAUGCAGUGUGCGGAAAUGUUUGAAUCAAUCUCAAACACAGAUCCUAACGACUAUUAGGAAAAAUCAUGUGAACGCACUCAAAAAUCCACCAAAAAUAUUGAUCACAGGUGGUUUGGGACAGUUAGGAUUUGAAUGUGCCAAAUUAUUACGUUCAACUUACGGAAGCGAAAAUAUUCUUCUUACGGAUAUUAUCAAGCCCACCAGUCAAGCACUUCAAAGUGGACCAUAUUUAUUCGCAGAUAUUUUGGAUUUCAAGGGCUUGCAAAAAAUCGUAGUUGAUCACAAAGUAGACUGGAUAAUUCAUUUUUCAGCAUUGCUCAGCGCUAUUGGAGAGCAAAAUGUACCAUUAGCAGUUCGUGUAAAUAUUGAAGGUGUUCAUAACGUUAUUGAAUUAGCAAAACAAUAUAAAUUAAGAUUGUUUGUGCCAAGUACGAUAGGAGCUUUCGGUCCAGAUUCACCUCGUAAUCCAACACCAAAUGUGACGAUACAAAGACCGCGGACAAUUUAUGGAGUUUCAAAAGUUCAUGCCGAAUUACUUGGCGAAUAUUACAAUCAAAGAUUUGGUCUUGAUUUCCGUUGCUUAAGAUUUCCAGGAGUCAUUAGCAGCGACCCUCCAGGAGGCGGAACUACAGACUACGCAGUGGCUAUUUUUCAUGAGGCCCUUCGCACAGGCCGCUUCGAAUGUUAUUUGAAACCCGAUACUCGACUUCCAAUGAUGUAUGUAGAAGAUUGUUUGCGGGCUCUGCAUGAAUUUAUGGCAGCUCCUGAAGAGUUGCUGAAACGGCGCACAUACAAUGUGACCGCCAUGAGUUUUACUCCAGAGGAAUUAGUGAAUAAAUUGGCACCACACAUUCCAGAACUAUCUGUUACCUAUAAGCCAGAUUCUAGACAGGAUAUAGCUGAUUCAUGGCCACAGGUAUUCGACGAUUCGGAAGCACGCCAAGAUUGGCACUGGCAGCAUAAAUAUGAUCUGGAUAAAUUAGUGGAAACAAUGAUAAAAGAUGUAAGAGAAAAUUAUAUUAAUAAAUAA